GGUUACACAAAAGCCUAUCCGACUCUGUCAGUGGAACCGCCGGUUAUGCGUCUGGUCUCCCCUACAACUCUCUUAUCUCUCGGUCUUCAGCUGUUGCUUGUGAUUCUCGCCCAAGUUGCCUCAUUUGUCUACUACAUAUUUCUGGCAGUCAUUUUCUCCAAGGGUCCGCCCUAUCGGCGUCCAAUGUACUCAAAUUUGUUAUUUCUGGCCAACGUACUCUUCGCCGUGGGUAUCAACGUCUUUCUUACAGUUUAUGAGGGCCAAAGCGUUCUCGAUUCGAUGUCGUGGCGUCCUUGGAAUACGGACAGAAUCCUCUUUAUAUCCACCUCGGAGUCAACGGUUGAGAUCGACUUUGAAGUGCCCUUCAACGACUCAGUUGAUGGCUUCUUCUCAGAUUUUGGAUGUGUUCGAAGACGCUCUGAAAUUAGGCUGUUCUCUGUUCCAAUCUCUGUGACUUCUUUUUGA